GCCCCAGCUCGGGAAACAGGUUUGAACCCAUCUGCUGAGUAUGCAUUUGACAGGAAACAGUCAUGGAGCCAGGGGUGCUGUGUCCCAUGAAGAACAACGUGCUGCAGGCUCAAGCUUGAAACAGCACAACCCACCCCGACUGCACUUCUUCAGAGAAACCCAGCAGUAGAGACGCAGCACGGCAACUCAGCAGGCCCUGAGAAAUGGCUAUGGAACAAUCGGCUGUUAUUGAUGGACGGCUUGUUGCGCAGGACCAAAGUCAGUUCUCGGCUCCCUCUGCUGGCCUCCCCAGCUUCCUGCAGGACGGGGCAGGCUUCACCCCUCUGGACUCCAGCAGUGACGGCCCGGUGCAACCUUUCCCUCGGUCGCCCAAACUACAGAGGAAGGCCGCCAAAGACCAACAGCCCUCUCAGGAGCUGCUAUCCCAACGUCUGGAAGGGCUGAAAGCUGAGAGAGCCAAGACGGACGCUCACAUCCAGUCUCUGAAGAAACGCAAAGCGGACCUCUCUCGGACCACAGAGGUGAUGAAGCACCAGGUGCAGGAGCACUUUGACAGCAUGCUGCGCGUCCUAAAGCAGGAUGAGCAGUCUGUCCUGGACUCUCUGGAUAUGGACCUGAAAAGGACCGGGACCAGGCUGGACCAGAUACUGAAGAACUGGGUAAAACAUCAGGAGCAGGUCAUGAAGGGCAUCAGUAUUAUCCUGGGAGCCAUGAACAAGACGUCCACAGCAGAGGAAGAUAAGGGUCAGUCAGAGAUCGUCAGCCCCAAAAGGCCUGAUGCCUCAGAGAUGGAAAUUAAACUCAAUCACAAGAGAUUCGAGAGGCUGCUGAAAACCCUCUCCACCAUCUCCAAAAACCUCAAGGCCCAGCUACAGAGGAAGACUCUGCUGUUAGAUUCACGGCCCACUGUGAUCGACAGGCAGACCUGCCACAGCCAGAUCGCUGUUACCUCAACGGGGCGGGGCGCCACCUUCUCUACCACGCUGGGCUCCGCUCCGGAGCAUCUUCUGCAGUUUGAUAAGGUCUGCUGCGCUUUGGGCUCGCCUCCCAUCACUGCAGGCUUGAGUUACUGGGAAGUGGACGUCCGCUGCUGCUCUAACUGGGCAGUGGGUGUGGCCUAUGGCAGCCUGCAAAGGAAGGGCCAGGAUAAGGGUGCUAAGCUGGGCCGCAACAGGAACUCCUGGUGCUUGGAGCUCAAGAACGGGAAUCUGUCAGCUUGGCACAACGACCGGCACAUGGUCUGUCAGGGUGGCGGGCGGAGUCCGCCGGAGAGAGUGGGAGUGUGGGUGAAUUAUGAUAAGGGUCAGUUGACGUUUUAUGAUGCAGACAGGAUGGUUGCCCUGCAGAGGUUCUCAGCAGCUGUAACGCCAGUGUUCGACAGAGCUCAUCAUCAGUUCACUGAGCCGUUGUACCCGGCCGUACGCUUCCUGGAACCAGCAGAGAGCCAGAGCUGGCCAAACCACAUGGAGUUCUGUUACUCCCUGUAAAGCUAACAGUCCCACUGGAUCAAGGGAGGCACUGCGCACCAUUACUAGGGUUUGCUAAUUUAGUAGUUUCUUCCUUCCUCAUCUCACAGUGUCUGAGGCAUGGUUGGUUUAUCUUAAAAUGAACAGGACGAUAGUCAGCCAGCUAAUCCCAGGGCAUUACGUCUGGUUUUGGAUGAGUUCCUGCUACACUAUUAAAACAUAAUACUGUGAUGUGCAUUAGUUUUCUGAAAUACACUGUAAGCAGUCACUAAUGCUGGUAUCUGACAUCAGCUUGAUCAUAUUUUCCAUGUGUCCUUUCCUAGUUUAAUCAGCUUAUUCACAUUUAAAACUAUAAUGUCCUAAGAGUCAAAACCACAGUGUUAGUCAAUGUUUUGUGACUCAAGGCUUGGUCAGUUUUACACCUGGUUUUGAUACUUAUA